GCUCUUAAGGCGGCCCCGCGGGCUGUCAGCGGCUAGAGGGCGGCGGGGGCUCGACGGCGCGGCCAUGGCCGCAGUCAACGGGGCUGUGGAGAACGGGCAGCCUGACAGAAAAGUGCCGCUGCCGCGGCCCCUGCGGAGCCUGGAGGUGAAGUACACCAAGAUAUUUAUUAACAAUGAAUGGCAUGAGUCUACAAGUGGAAAGAAGUUCCCCACCUACAACCCUUCAACACUAGAGAAAAUUUGUGACAUUGAGGAAGGAGACAAGCCUGAUGUGGAUAACGCAGUGGAAGCAGCGAAGGCAGCGUUCCAGAGAGGGUCUCCAUGGAGACAGAUGGAUGCCCUAAGCAGAGGGCGACUCCUGCACAAGCUGGCUGAUCUUCUUGAGCGAGACAGAGUCAUCCUGGCAACUCUGGAAACAAUGGACACGGGAAAACCUUUUCUGCAGGCUUAUUUCAUUGACCUGGAAGGCUGUAUAAAAACACUCCGAUAUUAUGCUGGAUGGGCUGAUAAAAUUCAGGGCAGAACUAUCCCAGUGGAUGAAAAUUUUGUCUGUUUCACCAGGCACGAACCAAUGGGUGUCUGUGGAGCUAUAACUCCAUGGAACUUCCCGUUGCUAAUGCUAGUUUGGAAGAUGGCACCAGCGCUGUGCUGUGGGAACACUCUGGUGAUUAAGCCAGCUGAACAAACUCCUCUCACGUCGCUGUACAUUGGCUCGCUGAUCAAGGAGGUGGGUUUCCCUCCAGGUGUGGUGAACAUUGUGCCAGGCUAUGGCCCCACAGCUGGAGCUGCUAUUUCUACCCAUCACAGCAUUGAUAAAAUUGCCUUUACUGGAUCAACAAAGGUUGGAAAACUGAUCAAGGAAGCUGCUUCGAAAAGCAACCUCAAAAGGGUGACACUAGAGCUUGGAGGGAAAAACCCCUGCAUUGUGUGUGCGGAUGCAGACUUGGAUUUGGCAGUGGAAUGUGCCCAUCAAGGCGUGUUCUUCAACCAAGGGCAGUGCUGCACGGCUGCCUCGCGAGUGUUUGUGGAGGAGCAGAUAUAUCCAGAGUUUGUCAAACGCAGCGUGGAGUUUGCCAAGAAGCGACUCGUUGGAGAUCCUUUUGAUGCCAGAACUGAACAAGGGCCCCAGAUUGACCAAAACCAGUUUGAUAAAAUCCUGGAGCUGAUAGAAAGUGGGAAGAAAGAAGGGGCUAAGCUGGAGUGUGGGGGUCUUGCCAUUGAAGAUAGAGGCCUGUUUAUAAAACCCACUGUGUUUUCGGAGGUCACUGACAACAUGCGUAUAGCCAAGGAAGAGAUUUUUGGGCCAGUUCAGCCAAUUAUGAAGUUCAAGAGUAUAGAAGAGGUCAUAAAAAGAGCCAACAGUACUGAGUAUGGACUUACAGCUGCAGUGUUCACCAAGAAUUUGGACAGAGCAUUAACACUGGCUUCUGCUUUGCAAUCAGGAACUGUCUGGAUCAACUGUUACAAUGCCCUCUAUGCACAGGCUCCUUUUGGUGGCUUUAAAAUGUCAGGCAACGGUAGAGAACUUGGUGAAUACGCUUUGGCAGAAUAUACUGAAGUGAAAACAGUCACCAUUAAACUUUCCCAGAAGAGUUCAUGAAAACAGAAGGCCUAAAAUGCUGACACUCUGAAUGUGACACAUGGGGGACGUGUUCAGAGCAAGGGGGAGGGGAGGGGUAGGCAGGAAAUGGAAACACCUGACUUCAUUCCUAUGGAAACACUGAAUCUACUGGACUCCAUUUUGUCAACUGGCUCUUCAAAAACUGAUUUAACGGACCCUCCUGGAGUGGCACACACUGGCACUGUACAAGUCCACCUGUCUGCCACCUGUGACUAAAAUGCUGGUUGGUCACAGUGGUUGCAGGACAUCUGCUUUCAAACUGUGCCCCUGAAGGACGUGGAUAUUGAUGGCAUGUUAGAGAGACUUCUGGUACCAUUAGCAUGGACUGUUAAACACCUCUUCAGAGACCGAUGGGUUUCACUUGGCAUAAAUGGACUUGAGUGGAAGGGCUGAUACAACUUGGCUGAAGUUGGAGUUUGUGUGGAGACUGCAGCUGGCAUUUGGGAAGGGAGGGCAAGCUUUCAUGGAAGAAUCUGUAAAGAAAUUCUCUUUGUAAGAGCUAUCUUUGUCUCUCUAAAGACACACGUGUUCUCCGUAUUGGUGAGAUUCUAGCCCUGAAUUAGAUUUAUGGAAGUUUCCUAGAGGACUCCUUUGGGGCCGGUAUUUCACCCAACAGAGCUGGAUGUUAAAGUGUCCUUUGAACCUGAUGUUUUAGUGUGCACACAUUACAGGUGCUGCAAAUGCAACUUACUGACUUGCUAACCCUUCUGAUUAUGAAUGAGUCACAAUUGUAUCUCAAACCUUCACUACAGCACUUUUCGCAAGAGGCUUUUUGCAUAAACUGUGCUUACCGUGAUGACACAGAGUUGAAUGCUAAGCAUGUAGUAUGGUAGAUAGGCCACAGAAAACAUCCCACAUUGGUCCUUCUGUUCUGGAGGGGGAAGCAGAAGAGCUGCAAGCAGCUGUCCUGCUCUCUCUUUCUCUGUGUGAAUGUGUCUUCAUUUUUUGAGCCAGAGCUGUUAUUAUGAGAGUAAAACUUACAAGCUCUUCUCACUGCUUCUUCAUCCUGUAUGCAUGUAGCUUCAAAUAAUCUUCUGGAAGUACAGUAUGAAAAGGCAGGUGCUCCCAAGCACACACCAAGUGCUGAAGAUGUGGGUGUACAAACAAGUUGCCAUGGAAUAAGCUACAGCUGGACUUAAAUGUCUCAGCAGCUUCACAAUAAUUGUGCUCGUGUUACCUGAAUAGCAUCCACAGCUGUCACACCAAAUUUGUGCCUUAGUAUCUCCUGCAGUAAAUUUGCACGCCCAAACAUUACUGUGAGAUUAAUUACAAGCCAUAUGCUGUCUUCAGUUCUUGUGUCCACUACUUUCCCUCCUCCUCCUGAUUCUGUGCUGGAGAACCGCUGGCAAAUGUAUGGGAAGCUCUGUGUCCAGAGGGGCUGUAAGUGUGUGGGAGUUAGUGGUGUCCCUGUGUUAGGAAGUUUGGCUGAUCUUGCUGGGAUUGUCCUCUGACAGCAAAUUGCUAGAGGUCCCUUCUGGCAUAUCAAGACAUUUCCAUGGAGCACUGGUAAAGAUUGCUGUCUGGAGUUUUUCGGAUGUCAGUGCUUGAAGCAGAAAUGCAACCUCUGUUCUCUGAUGCCAGCAAGGAUUUAACUGGUACCCUCCUUUCCUCAGAGAUACACCCUGUCAGUAACAAGUUCUGUUGUGUGACUCCACCAUUUUUUUUUUGAGGGGAAAAGAAGGUGAGUGGUGAUAAGUAAGGUAAAAGUUUGCAUGAGCCUAAAUGUCCUUAUUAGUGAACGUUGAAAUUGCACUUCAACACAGCUUAACUUCUUAAAUGACAUACCUCCAACAGUCGCAUGUAACUGUCCUCCCAUGGGCGUGUGAGACAGGUAAACCUCCCCAGCCAGUGAAGAUAGUGUCCUCCUUUCCCCACGAAAGGCCAAAUGGGAACAUUGUAAAUAAGUUUAUAUUUUUGUACAACACUUAGAGUGCAAACAUCUUCUCAAACAUUUUACUUUUUCUACUCGACGGAUUUCUAGGGCUGCAGUCAGACAGUAGGGAAGAAAGGCAAACAGUAAAAAGCUGGCUAUCUUGAUGUAUCUCUGUAUUAAUUUUUUAUAAACAGUGGUUGAAACUGAAAUAAUCUGAAAUUCUUCAAAUCCUACUAUUCUGGUUUUAUAUGCAUUAUAUAUAUUUCAACUCUUUUUCCCUUACCAUGUUUUUAAAAAGUUCAAUGUAUCUCUUAUUGUAUAAAUCAGGGUUUGACUCUACACACUGAAUUUUCUAAGUUAUAUAACACUAGACACUAACUUUAAAAUAACCCUGUAGAGGGUAUAUAUUCUUUCGUUGCACAGUAAGGCUUUCAUAUGAAAUAUUAUACUACUUUUUUUAAAAAUAAAGAACUAUAUUUAUAAAUUAGGAUACAGUUAAUCUAAUGUAUUUUUAUAGCUAAAGGUACAUGAAAACACUAUGUUUAAACCUCAUGUAUAUAUUUAGACUAUGGGUAUCUUUUUGUAAUAGUUCUUUUUCCUAAUAAAUGUUUAACUUUGCAA